AUGGGUUCUCCUCGUCGUGGUCUGCUCUUACUGCCAUUCGAGUGUAUUCAAUCUAUCCUUGAUCACCUUGAUAAUGUCGCGUCACUCCGUUCGGCGAUUGUCUCGCUCUCGUCUUUUUACCAUGCCUUUCGUGGUGCCAGAAAUCUCAUUUUGCGCUCGGUCCUGAGUAAUCUAAUCUCCCCCGACUUGCUGCCGGAGGCAUGCGCUAUCCUCCGUGCCUCGAAGGUACGCAUUUGGUAUUCGGAAUUAGGUGCUCAGAACCUUGAGAACUUUCGCCAGCGGCUUGUCCAUACGGAAUUUUCAUGGCAAGAUGCAGCCUCGAUAAAGGAGUUUUAUCUUAGUGCAAAAUUUUUCACGGCAGACUUUAUAUCAAACGCGUUGUCUAAGCAUCCUCUGAAAGAUGAGGUAAAGAUCAGAAAGUCCGCGCCGGUCACCUCGAUCGAGUGGAACCGGGUUCUUCGAAGCUUCUACUGGUGGGAAUGGUACACUAUUUCGUGCGGGAAUAACUGGAAAUCAACCGUUCGGUACUUUCAGAGCCUCGAACAUUUGAAAAUAUUCUCGAUCUGGGAGCAGGAGCAGCUAGUCUGUGUUGGGGAAUGCUUGUUUCACAAGAUAGCAAAGCCCUUUAAUGAAGUGGCAGCUCAUGAUAUCAAGUGGGGAGCAUCGGAGGUCGACUAUAAUGCCUCCGAGGUCUGGGAUGUGCAAUGGCCCCGUCGAGCGAUGGGCUUUCUCAUCACAAUCAUUGGAACCCCCUGGGCGCCCGAGUCCGAUAAUGGCCCGCUCGAAGCUUGGAAAUGGACGCACCAGAAGUUACCGUAUGAACACUUUGUCCAGAGCCCUAAGCUGCGAUGGCUUCGUAUAAGGGGAUAUGUCAUGUGGCAUUUUGACCGACUAAGCAGCUGGGGAUUUCUUGGCCUACAACGGAACCACUUUUCGGUUGACAUGAUCGAAUUGUCUUCGGAUCAGAUGGAGGAAUGGUACCAAGAGAUGGAGAGGUCAUGGCAGAAAAGGAAAGAACUCUACGAACAGGGCGAGACUGGACCUUUGGAGACUGAAAGCUGUUGUGCUGCCCACCGCCUCUAA